UUUUCCGGGUCAUGUGACACGUUACGCAUGACGACGACCACGCCCACCUCCGUGCGUCCUGUUGCGUUUGGGUCUCCAGCAACAGGGUCGGACAAACGUAGAUGUACAUUUGAGAAGGCUCCCAAUGAAUAAUGCAGCAGGCUCAUUGUACCUGGCCAGCAUCUUCGUUGGCCUGCGACCUCUACAUGGCUGUUGUGGGAUCAGCUGUUUUCGGGUCCAAACGGGCCAAAGGUCCUCUCCUCCAGCGUGAUAAGCUGUUUUCCUGCUUCCUGCCUCGUCUGCUGAGGACAAGACGCUGUCGAUCGGGUCCGCUCUGGUGGUGGUCUGAGGGGGGGGGCGUUUGGAUUUCCAGCUGAACUGUCACGGCCGCCAUGCACAAAAAGAUGACCCACAUUUCCAGGGAGGACCUGGAAGACCUCCGAGAGGCGUUCAAUAAAGUCGACAUCGAUAACAGCGGCUACGUGAGCAACUUUGAGCUCCAGGAGCUGUUCCGCGAGGCCAGCUUCUACUUGGCCGGAUAUCAAGUGCGUGAAAUUUUGGAGACCUUUGCGGCCGGCGACACCAACAAGGAUGAGAAGAUCAGCUUUGAGGAGUUUGUCGCUAUCUAUCAGGAGCUGAAGAGCAAGAAGCUCAGUGAGACCUUCCGCAAAUCCAUCACCAGGAGGGAUGGCAUCCAGUCCUUUGGGGGGAUGUCGGGAAUCUCAAGUGUGGGGACACAACACUCCUACUCAGAUGAGGAGAAGGUGGCGUUUGUCAACUGGAUCAACAAAGCGUUGGCCAAAGAUCCCGACUGCAGCCACCUACUCCCCAUGAACCCCAACGAUAACAGCCUCUUCACCUCCGUCCGCGACGGCAUCCUGCUGUGCAAAAUGAUUAACCUGUCCCAGCCCGACACGAUCGACGAGCGAGUCAUCAACACACGGAAGCUGACUACUUUCACGAUGACCGAAAAUCUUGUCCUGGCGUUAAACUCUGCCUCGGCCAUGGGCUGCACGGUGGUGAACAUCGACGCGCUUGAUCUGAUGGUUGGGAAACCUCAUUUGGUGCUGGGAUUAUUCUGGCAGAUUAUCAAAGUGGGCCUCUUUGCUGAUAUCGAAAUAAGCCGCAACGAAGGCAUGAUUUCCCUCCUGAGCGAGGGAGAGAGUCUGGACCGCCUGAUGUCUCUCUCUCCUGAAGAAUUGCUGCUCCGCUGGGUUAACUACCAUUUGUCCAACGCCGGCACCCAAAGCAUUAAGAACUUCAGCGAGGACAUCAAGGACUCUCGGGCUUACUUCCACCUCCUGGACCAGAUUGCUCCCCGUGGAGAGCACGACUUCAUGAGUGUCAAAAUAGACAUGAGCGGCCUGAACGAGCGGGACCCGGACCAGCGGGCCGAGCUGAUGCUGCAGCAGGCGUCCCGUCUGGACUGCCGGCAGUUUGUGACGGCGCGUGACGUCACCGCCGGCAACAGCAAGCUCAACAUGGCCUUCGUGGCCAACCUGUUCAACACGCACCCGGCCCUGGAGAGCGGCCACGUCAACGGCUUGGAGGCCGAGCGACCGGAGCCCGAGAACAGAGAGGAGAAGACCUUCCGCAACUGGAUCAACUCGCUCGGCGUGCAUCCUUACGUCAACCACAUGUACCACGAUCUAUGCGACGGUCUGGUGAUCCUGCAGCUCUACGAGAAGGUGAACGUUCCCGUCAACUGGAAGAAAGUCAACCAGCCUCCGUACCCCGCCCUGGGCGCCAAUAUGAAAAAGCUGGAGAACUGCAACUACGCCGUGGACCUGGGCAGGAACGUGGCACACUUCUCUCUCGUGGGCAUCGGCGGUGACAACUUGAACGAGGGGAGCCCCAUGCACAUCUUGGCGCUGGUUUGGCAGCUCAUGAGAAGGUACACAUUGCUGGUGCUGUCAGACCUGGGCGAUGGCGAGAAGGUGGGAGAGCAGAUCAUUCUCAACUGGGUCAACACCACCCUCAGCCAAAAGCAAAAAGAUUCACACAUCAGCAGCUUCAAGGAUCUCCACAUCAGCACCAGCCUUCCAGUGAUCGACCUGAUCGACGUCAUCGCUCCCGGCACCGUCAAGUGGGACAUGGUGAAGAGACCCGAGAGGGGCGUGAUGAAAACCGCCGACAAACUCAACAACGCCAAAUACGCAGUAUCACUGGCUCGAAAGAUUGGCGCUCGCAUCUACACUCUGCCCGACGACUUGGUGGAGGUGAAUCCCAAGAUGGUGCUGACGCUAUUUGCCUGCCUCAUGGGACAUGGUUUGAAAAAGGCCCAUCGCUAAAGAAUAAUAACAUUCACUCAUAUGUUUUCCCAUUGUUUGAUUACUCAUUUAGCCUGUAAAGGUGAAGGAUACAUUUAAAAAUACAUAGAAUCAUGCCUCAUUUAUACUAAAAUUGCAUUUUUCUUUUCUGUAACUAUUCCCAGCUGUAUUUUGUUUCAUUGGACAUUGGAGUGGAUGAGAAAAGCACUUUUUCACAGUGAAGCUGUAUGUCCUUAAAUGCUGUAACGCAGAAAUGUUUAAAACGAAAGAUGUAUUUACGUAUGUUGAUUUAACCACAUACAAAUAAUCAAAAUCACUGUGAAAAAAAAAGAAGAUUUAAUGACUGAUGACAA